GCCUCGGAGGAGAGUGGAGGGGGGGCAGGCCGCUAUAAAACUCUUGUCCCGUCAGCGUGGACACCACAGCAUCUGAAACGACGGACUCAGCUGAAGAAGCGGCUCCUGAUUCCUCACCGUGCGGUUGUUUUUUCUGUUCCGGGACCAUGAUGAUCCCCAGUGUCAUCGCGCCUCCUCCUCCUCCUCCUCUUUACGCGGGCUUGUACCGGCCCGCCGCGGCGCUGCCGCUCCACCAGACUCUGCCCUCCGUCUUCCCGAACCCGUCCAGCUUCCUCGUGGAGGACCUGCUGCGGAUAAGCCGGCCCGCCGCCUUCAUCAGCCGGACCGGACCGCCCGUCUCCGCCGCGUCCUUCAGCUGCGCGCCCGCGGCGGUCACGCGGGAAUCCUGCUCACCCAAAACUUCCGCGACGCACAGCAAGGACCCGACGUUCCUCAAGUUUGGAGUUAACGCCAUCCUGGCGCCGUCACCCAAGACAGCGUCCUCACCUCCUGCACCCCACGCGCUCUCCUCCAAGACGUUCCCCGUGCCCUGCUUCGAGGGAUCCUUCCACCCCAUUUUCAGGACGCCCUAUUUACCUGCAUCCUCCUCCGUGGUUCCCAUCCCCGGGACGUUCUCGUGGCCCCUGGUGGCGAGGGGGAAGCCUCGCCGAGGGAUGCUGAGGAGAGCCGUGUUCUCCGACGUGCAGCGGAAAGCUCUGGAGAAGAUGUUCCAGAAACAGAAAUACAUCAGCAAACCCGACAGAAAGAAGCUGGCCUCAAAGCUGGGCCUAAAAGACUCGCAGGUGAAGAUCUGGUUCCAGAACCGGCGGAUGAAGUGGAGGAACUCCAAGGAGCGGGAGCUGCUGUCAACCGGCGGGUGCCGCGAGCAGACCCUCCCCACCAAAACCAACCCGCACCCAGACCUCAGCGACGUGGGCAAGAAGUCUUCAGCCGAGGAGGAGGAGGAGGACGACGAGGAAGAGUUGGGAGGAGAGAGAACGAGGGCCUCGAGGUCCAGCAUCCCCUCUCCCUCCCUGUUCGGCAAACACUCGGACUUUUCAGAGUCGGAGGAAGAAGAAAUUACGGUUUCCUAACUUAUUUUGAAAGUGACUGAACUUUAUCGGAGCUGAAAAAGAUAAAAAAAACAGUCCUGACGGAAAAAUGUUUGUAGGACUGGUUGCUGUUUUGCACAGCUGGUGUACAGAAUUUUGUACAAUUUUUUUGUAUGGACAUUUUACGCCAAGAAUGUGGUUUGUUUUUUUACAUUUGCCAUGACACUGAAUAGAGUUAUUCAAAAUGUAGGGUAUUUUGUUAAUAAUUUAUUGUUUAUUAAGUAUGAUGUACAUUUUUAUGUCACUGUUUUUGUACAAAUGCCAAAUAAAUAAACUAUACUCUUGUGAAAAUGGAAAAUACAAUAAAAAAAAGAAAGAAAGUGAAAUCAUAAAUUAUAAUUUUAUUGGAUGACAAUAACUUAAGACUAUUACAAUGUCAGAUUUCAUUCAAACAAUGACCAACUGCAUCAUCAUUCUGCUCGGAUGUAAAGAGACUUUUUACACAAAAUACUUAUUUUCAAGUAGUGUACCAAAUCAGCUAAAAAAAGUCAUCAAAAUGUAAGAACUAUUUACAAAGUUAUGUUACAUUUGUUUAAAAAUGUACACGGCUAAGAGAGCUAA